AUGCCAUCCAAAGUCGAGCUCACACGUAUGUCUCAACAGACUGGGACCAAAUGUAUGGACGAUGAUUGGACCGGAACAAGCGAUUCAACAAUCAGAAGGAAAUUACAGAAUCGCUUGAACCAGAGGAUAUACCGUGAGAGUUCUUCCUAUGGAUUGUUGGCCUUGAGACUUGGUCAAAGACGUAAAGCGUUAUCGAAAACUCCUGAAGACCGCGAAAACGAUUCUUUGAUUGAAGCUCCACAGCUCCAAGAGCGAUCAAUUCUUGGUGAAGCCAAAAGUACACAUUCUGCGAACCCCUUAUCGAUAACGACGAGCCUCCGUAAUGAGGAACAAUCCAGUCAAUUCGAGCGACCAAGCAAUUCUUCUACAACAUCAUCGGCAGAUAUAAGUAUAAAGCGAUGGACAACAGGUCGCGUGUCGAGAUACCAAGGGUUCUGUGAGAUUCGACUGAUGCUGGCCACAUUCGAAGAAGAAGCUCGUAGGAAUUAUUCGAUGGGCUCUCCACAAACAGAUCAACUUCUCACCCUCAUUCAAUUCAAUGUUUUUCGCGCGUUGAUCAAAAACACGCGAACAAUGGGUUGGAACUUGGAUUGGCUAGACUGUACAAUCGAUCCUCUAUCCCCGUGGCUCAAUCUUUCCACAAAGUUUGUGCCGGGCGCGCAUUGUCCUCAAGCACUGUGUCCAACAAACAUUCAGCGCACAAUCCCUCAUCAUCCAUGGCUAGAUCUCUGGCCAAUUCCUCAAAUGCGCGACAACCUGUUAUUGCAUGCUGGAAGUUACGAUGAAGACCGGUUGUGUAAUGAUCUAGUGGAAUUUGGAGGCCUCAUGAAUGAACAAUCCGGCCUCAUUGUCUAG